AUUUAUUGAUACUACCAGUACCUGGUGCAGCAUUAAUCUACUAGAUCACAACUCUAGCCACCCUCAAAAAUCAAUCUGUUGAGGUUUUUCCUCCAUAUCUCUCAGUUUUAAUUCCAAUCUACUAACGAAACAUAAUCUGUCUCAUCUAAACAUUCUCACUCCCAAGAGGUGAACAUCCGCUUAUCUAUGUUCCAAAUACACCCAGCAAUCCAGUGACCCAAUGUCUGAAAGAAAAGCCAUCAACAAGUACUACCCGCCCGACUAUGAUCCCAGUCAGGUCAAGAAGAAACGCAAAACAGGCACUGGUACUCCAGACAUCAAAAUCCGGAUGAUGGCGCCAUACUCCAUGAGAUGUCUCAAGUGCAACGAGUACAUCGCCCAAAGGCGAUCCUUCAACGCCAGAAAGGAGGUCACCAACGAGAAGUACCUUAGCACCAAGAUCAUCCGCUUCCACAUCACCUGCCCUAGGUGCAACAACAAAAUCACCUUCAAGACCAACCCCCAGACGGCAGGGUAUACGCCAGAAGAGGGUGCAGUGAGGAACUAUGAACCUAAGGCUCCAGCACCAAAGUCACAAGAAACCGAGGACGAAUUACUCCAACGGUUGGAGAAGGAGGAGAACGAGAACCAGUCGUUUCAGACCUUGAAGGAGCAGCGUAAGAAGAAUCCGUUCUGGCAAAAAUCGGAGUCAUUGAAGGAUGGAGACGGAGACAUGAUGCAAAACCUAGAGAAGAAGCUCCAGGACCAACAACGACAACAGAUGAUCGACGACCAGUUGGAGGAGCUACACUAUAGAAACUCUCAGCUCAAGGCGAAGGGUGGUGACGAAGUGUUGGCGAGUGAGGCCAAGGCAAAGUUACAGUCUGAAAUAAAUAAGUUGGAGGGCAUGAAGCAGGAACUUCAUGACCAAGAGGACAACGAGGUCGCCAAACGGGCAUUUGAUAGGAAAAGGGCUCAGGAAGGCAAAGACGACAAAAGAGCCAAAGAAGAGGCGGCGACAGCAGAGAAGUCGAUGGCCAAAGCUGUUGAGGAUUUGAUAACAAAAACCUCUACCGAGCCUGUCAGAAAGAGCAUUGAGUCCUCGUUCACCUUGAAAAAGAAGCCUUCAAAGAAUCAAGCAGAAGCUGGCCAGCACGGAAAAAAGUCUGGACAUACCAAAUCUUUGGCCUCUGCUUUGGGAGCAUACUCAUCUUCAGACGAGGAGUAACAGUGUACGAAAAUAGAAACGAAUACUAAAUGAGAAGUAGUUAUUACAGAGCACAAUAAUAUGAUGCAAUCAUUUGAUUAGGAGUCAAUGAUUUAGUGUCCAAAUUACACUUCUUUUAAAGGAUAUGAUAGAAGAUCAUUUUAAAACAUCGGCGCCUCUUCUGUC